AUCCAUCCUUCUUUUUGUCCAUUCCAUUCUCAUUCAUCUCUCCUUUCCUCUCACUCCCACUCUCAUUCUCACUCUUCCAUCUCUGCCUUGCCUUUUACUUACAUUCCCUACACCUCAUUCUGCACUGUUUCUCAUCCUAUUCCUUUGUGAGCCUCGUUCUCACCACUGCACUACUAAAACGAUUCUUGAAAAGCAGAGACCCUAAAAAAUGGCGCCCAGAACUGUCCUAACGAUCAAGGAGCGUCUCCGGGACAUGACAAGAGGCCAAAAGAUCACAGCAGGAAUUGUGGUUACAGUUGGGGUUGCCUUUGUCAUAACGUUCUUUCUCCUAGAGAAGCAGAUAUUUCAGCUCUUGGAGCCAGCAGUAAACUACAUUCGCAACUCAAGUGCAGGAAUCCCAGUACUCGCCGCCAUUAUGUUUGCAACAUGUAUCUUUCCACUCUUUGGUUACGGAGUGGUUUCGAUGAUCUGCGGCUAUGUUUAUGGCGUUCCAAAAGGGUUCCUACCCGCGUUCAUUGGCGAUGUAUUAGGCGCAUCAGCAGGAUUUUGGCUAUAUCGACUCGCAUUCAACAAGUACUUUGCGCGGAAGUUCGGGGACAACCUGGAGUUCAGAGAGAUCUCCAAAGCCGUGAGCAAAGAUGGGUUAUUUAUCUUAUUUUUGAUCCGCUUGUCUUCGUUUCCUUUUGCCGUGCUGAAUGCAUAUUUCGGGGCAUUAACACAACUGCCGUACUGGAGAUUCAUCCUGGCAACGACUUUGUCCACACCACGCCUCUUCCUACCCAUUUUCAUCGGCCAAAGCAUCUCCAGUCUAUCUAAUCCAAACAUCACAGGCAAAGACAGGGUGCUUAAGUGGGCUGGAAACAUCCUGGGUAUUGUUAUUUUGCUAGUCGUGGGCUGGUACCUUUACCGGCAUACAACCCGAAGGAUCCAGCGGAUUAAUGCAGGACUGGUUGCAGAGGAGGGAGACGAAGAGGAUGAUAUCGAGCGGAUAGCCCGCGAAGCUGCACAACAACAACAGCAAGAGCAACAACAACAACGACAACAACAAAUGCAACAGCAGCACCAACAGCAGCUGCAGAACAGCUAUAAGAUGGAGACUAGGAGCCAGGCAUUUCAGUCGGGUGAUAGACAGAAACGAGAGAACAUAUAUGACACCCCUGCGGAUAUGGAGGAGCUCCAAAGUCUUCACAGAUCUCAUUCAGAUCAAAGACAUAGUUCGGAUACUAUAGUCUUGGUCGAAGAAAGUCAACCUGAUCAUAAACUACGCGGGUAACCAAAAAUAAAUACAUGAUCAUACUCAAUGACAUUCUGGG